GGGGCGGUGUAUCCUAAUAGAUGAAUUCCUCUGCAGCCACGAGAAAGACAGCACCACAGUUACAAGUGUUUGGGACUUUUUUUUAUAAUUAUUUGGGUUAAAUAUCACCUUUUUAAAUAUUAUAAUAAUAGCAGUACCAGUUGACAUACCUCUGCGGGUGAAUAUAGUGAUCUGCGGCAGAGUGAAUGCAGAAGUCAGGUCUGUGGAGGAGCUUGACUGGCUGCUUUGUUUUGAUUGUGCAGAGACACGCUCCCAUCAUCAAAGUGAGUCACCAUGGAAGAGCAGACGGCUUCUCCUGGGCCCAACACUGAAAACAACUCUCAGAGAAACGGCGACGAGAAGCCCAGGCGCGGCAGCUGGACCAAGGGGAGGAAGAGGAAGAAGCCGAUGAAGGACAGUAACGCUCCCAAAGCUCCUCUGACCGGGUACGUGCGCUUCAUGAACGACCGCCGGGAGCAGCUCCGGGCGGAGAGGCCCGACGUUCCCUUUCCAGAGAUCACUCGGAUGUUGGGCAACGAGUGGAGCAAGCUGGCCCCUGACGAGAAGCAGAGAUAUCUGGACGAAGCAGAGAAGGACAAAGAGCGCUACAUGCGAGAGCUGGAGAAGUAUCAAAAGACUGAGGCGUACAAACACUUCACCAGGAAAGUCCAGGAGAAACAGAAGGGCAAAAGGCACAGAGAAGUUGGACACCCGACACCUAACGAGGUCCUUCAUGAGAAGGACAUCGAGGGGAAGGACAGGACUGUGUUUGACAUCCCAAUCUUCACAGAGGAGUUCCUCAACCACAGCAAAGCCCGAGAGGCAGAGUUGCGGCAGCUGCGUAAGACCAACAUGGAGUACGAGGAGCGUAAUGCGGCGCUGCAGAAGCACGUGGAGAGCAUGAGGGGCGCUGUAGAGCGACUGGAGGGAGACGUGAUGCAGGAGAGAGGAAGAAACGGCCUUCUACAGCAGCACCUGGAGACGCUGCGGCAGGCACUCACGUCCAGCUUCUCAUCAAUGCCACUGCCAGGAAGUGGCGAGACCCCGACCAUCGACACCAUCGACGUGUACAUGAAGAAACUGCACAGCAUCAUCCUGAGCAGCCCCCAGGACCACGAGAAUCUCAUCAGCACCGUGAGGGACGUGGUCAACCGUCUGGACAGAUAAUUCAACACUAACCGAAGAAGAUUGGGAUUCAAAACAUUCACAAUGUGUUGGUUUGUUGUUCACCAAAAUCACCAUUUUUUAUCUCGGUCAAAUCCGUCUUUUAUUGUCUUGAGUAGAUGAAGGCGAUUUUGCAUAUUUAUUUUUUAUCAUUUUAAGCUGUUUGCUGUUGUUCUGCUCAAAUACUGAGAUGCAUAGAGAGUUUACUUCAUGCUUAUGUUGCAGUUUUCUUGUUACAAAUGCCUUCAUAACAAUAUCUGAAACAUUAAUGUGUCAAAAUGUGUCUACAAUGUGCAAGAAAUAUUGUUGAAGUUUGUGUUCACGCUGACAAACUUGUGCCAUUCAGUCUUUAUGUAGAAUUCUGUGUUCAAUAAAAACAUUUACACUGCC